AUGAUGCGCGUAGAUACGAGCGGUUUCAAGAACAUGCGGGUUUACUGGAUGGCCUUUGUCGUAUAUUGGGGGAUUGUCUUGUUCGGUUAUGAUACCGGCAUUGGCGGAGGAGUCGUCAGCGCGACCUACUUCCUCGAACACUUUGGGCUCCUCAACGCUGACGGCACCAAGAACCAGAAGAAGGUCGACGCCGUCUCCUCAAACGUCGUCUCCGUGCUCCAAGCCGGCGCGUUCUUCGGCGCGUUAGGUUCUGCCCCACUGUCAGCUAAAAUUGGACGCAAGUACACCUUGUUCAUCUUCAGUAUGGUUUUCUGCGUUGGUGCUGUUUUGACUACGGUAGCAAGCACCCCGCAAAGAGGCCUUGCGGAGAUUUAUGCUGGUCGGGUCAUUUCCGGUGUCGGCAUUGGUGCGAUUUCCGCCGUUGCGCCCGCGUUCGUGUCCGAGUGCUCUCCGAAGGAAGUGCGAGGAAGGAUUACGGGGCUAUUUCAGAUCAUGGUUGCUACUGGUGUCAUGAUCUCGUAUUUCGUGAAUUAUGGUGUUGGGAUUCACAUCCCUACGGGCGUCAACGUCUGGAGAAUACCGUUUGCAUUGCAGCUCGUUCCAGCAGGGAUCAUGUUCUUUGGACUGUUCACCAUCAAGGAAUCACCACGAUACCUCGCCUCUGUGGGAAAGAACGAAGAGGCACUGCGAAAUUUGGCCUAUCUCCGACGAGAGCCUGAAGAUUCCGAGGAGGUGCUCGCGGAGAUGGCUGAAAUCGAGGUCGCCAUUCAAGAGGAACAGGAAGCGCGGAAAGGGCUUGGCCUCAGGGAAGCGUUCUUGGGGAAAGGAAACUUUGUCCGAUUCGUGAUCGCCUUUGUCAUUUUCUUCUUGCAACAGUGGGCGGGACAGAACUCCGUGAACUACUACGCUCCUCAAAUCUUUGCCUCGAUCGGAUUUGCCGCACGAAAGAACUCUCUGCUUGCUAGUGGAAUUUAUGGUGUCAUCAAGGUAGUUGCCACAGCUAUCUUCAUCUUUUUCGGAGUGGAGGCCCUGGGACGCAAGUUAUCUCUUUUUAUCUCGGCGAUGGGGAUGGGUAUCCUCUUCUUCAUCAUCGGCGCCCUUCUCAAGACACACCCGCCCCCUGCUACGGACGCGAACCAUCCCGCGCCGUCGCCUCCACCUGCAUCCAAGGCCAUGGCGGCAAUGUUGUAUAUUUACGUGUGCUUCUAUUCUAUGGGAUGGGGGCCACUUCCGUGGGUGUACGUCUCAGAUAUCUUCCCGACUCGAACGAGGCAUUACGGUCUGGCUCUUGCAAGCUCGUCUCAGUGGCUCUGGAACUUCGUUGUCUCGAAGGUUACGCCUGACCUUGUCACGGACUUGGGCUACAAGUUGUUCCUCAUGUUCGCGACUAUCAAUAUCGGAGGGAUGGCAGUCUUCUCAUUGUUGAUUCCGGAGACGCAAGGACGGAGCUUGGAAGAGAUGGAUGUCGUUUUCGGUUCGAUCUCGAAGGAGCAGCGGAAAGCUGAUAUUAACAAGCGGACGAAAGAAAUUCAUCAACCGGAGUCUAGCCAUUCAAUUUCGACCGACCAGAAGGUUUAA